UGUACACAUUUAGUGAAUAGUGAACUCAAAAUGCUACUUGUCAUUCAUUGUUGGUUGAUCAUAAUAGGAUUCAUCGCCGGCAGUUUGGCAGAUGGAGAGACGCCUUGCGACGUCGACGGGUGCAUGGCAGCGGGCGCGUCUACCGCAGACGGUGCCACGGAGGGGCGCCCGUGUGAAGACCUGCGCUGUCCAUGCGAGAAAGAUUACUACUUCAACACCACCACCAGGACGUGCCAGGCGCUGCCGACCAUACGUCGUCGCAGGGCGGUCGAAGGCUCGAGCGUCGGGGGCUUCUGCUCGCCGACCACGGCCUGCCUCGAUGGCCUGGAAUGUUCAAACGACCAAUGCAAAUGUCCAGAAGGUUGCGAUUACGUCCCAGACCUGCAAGCCUGUUUCUGCGGUACUGACCAUUUCUCGUCGCUGCCUCUGAUCCUUGUCUGCAUUGUCUGGACGCCCAUCAACUUGUUCAUCUGGUACAAAGGAUUCGCUGUGACCAACUUUUGUAAACGCCGUCUGCGAAGUCGACCGAAAACUCCACUUCACGCGUCACUGAAGAUGAACUCUCCUAAAGUGUUACCACAGGCGGCCGGCCCUGAAGUGGCCGCGACUACACCACCACCGGUCUUCACGGUGUCCGCAGCCUCAGCUGGAUCGUCAAGACGAGCGAACGUCGUGGCACAGGAUGACACGUUGCUGGCAGCAGCAGUAGAAAGCAGGAUCGACCAAGCAUCGCCUCGCGUCGGUUGAACCAACAAUCAUUUUGGUAUCGAUCAAACCUUCCUUGACUGAAUUGCAUUCACGAGCUAACUCUUCUCAGGAUGCAUUUAACGAUCUAACAAACUUACGUUUGUUAGAUAUUAUUAUUUAUUAGUAUUAUAGAUAUUAUUAUUAGAUAU